GAGGAGAGAGAGAGAGAUAAAAAUGUAUACAGAGAGAAAGAGAGACAGAAAGCAAGAGAGAAAGAUAGAUAGGAGACAGAGAGAGGGAGAGGGAAGGCAAUCAGACAAGAGAACAAGGGUUGUGUGGAGAGACAUAGUGACAGCUCAAGAUUCUAGAAAUAGAUAGGAGAGAGAGAGAGAGAGAGGGAGAGAGAGAGAGAGAGAGAGGAGUGUACUAGGGGAAGGAGGAGGGGCCCUGCAGACAGCCGGGGCGAUAAAACCGAGGCGAGGGGAAGCCUGCGAGAGGACAGGACUGCUUGGGAAACAGACACUCAGCCCCCCUGGAGAAGAAGACAGCCAGGGUGCCGGGGGCAGACACGGUGUGGAUUUACUGCCUGCACCACAACUGCCUGGAACCCCGCACUCACGCACCGGGACCGGCUCCGCACGGACUAGAGGACAGGAGAGUCGGGAACGAGUGAGAGAGAGUGCAAACGAGGGAAAGUGCUGAGGAGAGAGAAAGAAAGAGAGAGUGAAGGAGAGAGAGAGAGAGAGAGAGAGAGUGAGAGUGAGUGAGUGGGUGAGACAGAAAGAGGGCAUGAAAACAGAGGCGGUGAAUUAAAUACCACCGAUACCACCCACUGAGCCUCCAUACCACACACAGAGGACUUGUCACACUCUCCAACACCCAGACACGCACACCCUCACACACUCUUUCACACACACACACACACACUCACACACACUGACACUCGUGCACGCACAGAGAGACACACCACAGUGUGCGCUCAGUGACUCAACCGCUCAGAGAGAGACUCCGGGACACAACAUCCAUACUGCACACACACACACACACACACACACACACACACACACUCACAGUCACACACACGCACCCACACGCGCAAGCACGCAACUCGUCACCCUCAGCCGUUCUGACAACACCACACGCGGUGAUUUGAUUGCACUAAGUGGAUGAGCUCACACCUGAGGAAGGUCUGAGGCAGAGAGAGAGAGAGAGAGAGAGAAAGAGAGAGAGAGAGAGAGAGCUCCCACUCACGCUCACCGGAGAGAGCCCAGAGCAGCUCAGAGCCAGCAUGGCAAAGUGAGGGAACAGGGGCUUCACUCUCUGCUCUCUUCUGCUCUGCAGCCUGCAAUCACCCAGCUCCGUCCGUCCGUCCGGCAGAGCCCAGCGUGUGGGUCACAGCCUCGGCUGGACAGCGAGCCCAAGCCAAGGACUUUCUUUUUUUUUGUUGUUUCCCAAAUCCCACUCAAAGGCAAAAAGUGAGACGGGAGGACUAAUACGCGUGGCUGAACAGACGAAGAGCAACGCUGUUCCUCAGAGGGCAGAAGACAGGAUAGUGAGAGGGAGAAAGAGGAAGGGAGAGAGAGAAAGAGAGAGAGAGGACACUUCCGUUGCUUCCAAAACCGCGGGAGAGGAUGGGUGCCUAGCCCCCCUCCCGAAGGAGGACUAGGAGAGGAGUCACGCCAAGGAGCCCGCGCCGAGCCACGCACGUCUGGCACCCCGGAGCAUGGUGCCCCGCCGAGGGCCACUGGGGGUGCCCCUGCCCCUGCCCUUGCCCCUGCCCUUGCCCCUGCCCCAGCCGCGGGGGCGGAUGGCCCUGCUGCCCCUGCUGCUGUCCCUGCUGCUGCUGCUGCUGCCGCUGCGCUGCGCCACACACGGCGAGGACAGCGCCGAACUGGACGGAGACAACUACACAGUCAGCACUGAGAGCCCGUCUUCUUCACAGGAGACUAUCUCGUCUGAUGCGGCGAUAGUCAGUCCUCUCAACACCUGGCUGUUGUUCAGGAACUCCAAUAAGGGCGAGACUAAGAAUCCCAAGAGACAUCCCAAGAGACCAUCUAAGCAUGGUCUCCCUGGCCCUCCCGGCCCCCCCGGCCCCCAGGGGCCCCCAGGUCCGCCGGGGCCCCGGUAUCCGCUGCAGGAGGCCCUCAUGGAGGAGUUCCAGCUCAAGCUGAAGGAGCUGGUGGGCUCACAGUGUCUGUUCUGUGACCAGCCCCCUCGUGUGGUUACAGCCUUCCACUGCCGCCUGCACCACAGCCUGACCGUGCCACGCCGCAGCCUGCAGGAGCUGCAUCCCUUCAGCCCGCCCUCGGAGACGGAGCAGUUCCACCAGAGGGGCCAGGCCUUCAACGCCAGCAGCGGCCGCUACACGGCGCCCAUCUCUGGCUUCUACCAGCUCACCGCCAGCCUGCAGAUUGAGGCCAGUGAUACACAGAGGAAGUCACAGUCCAGGCCCAGAGACAGUGUGAGAGCCUCUAUUUGCAUCGAGUCUCUGUGUCAGAGCAAUGUGUCUCUGGAGACGGUCACUGGAAUUGGCUCAACAGGCAGAGUAUUCAGCGUUUUACUGACAGGAACACUUUACCUACAGGGAGGGGAAUAUGUGUCCGUCUUUGUUGACAAUGGGACAGGUUCAGCACUCACAGUCCUUCAAGAUAGCUUGUUCUCUGGGAUCCUUCUUGGAGUGUGACACAUUCAGACGCACACACACACACACACACACACACACACACACACACACACACAAACACACGUGCACACACAGCAACCCCCCAACACACACACACACGCAAAUGCCCACCCGCCCACACACACACACACACACACACACACACACACACACACACACACACACACGCACACACACACACACACACGCCCAUCAUGGAGGAGAAACCAAACCACAAAAACAGCCUACGAUUUUUAAGAGGCUCUUGGCAUGUCUGCAUGUUCUCUUUGGCUGGAUGACCUAAUAAUUUGAAAACAGGGGGGCAACAGAGAACAGUAAUACCGUAAUUGCAACUAGGAGGACUUUCCAGGCACCCCACACCAUUCAGACCCUAAGCAGCUUCUGCAAUUAUCCAUAACACUGUUGCCAGGACAGCGGGACAGCACUGUCUGUCUCAUGUUUGCAAAUGGAUGGCAACGUGAAAGGAAAGUUUGUUUAUAGAGAUGUAUUUUUUUUAACACCGUGUUGAGUUUCCAUCUAGCAAACUCUAUAAAAGUCCUGUUAUAUUUAUUUUCAUUGCUCUCCAAAAAAACAAAAAAGGUGUAGAUAUUUGUUUCUGUGUUUGAUAAUGUUUGUAAUAAAUCCUCUUAUAAAUUUCGUGACGCAGGUGUGAUGAUUUUUAACAAGCUUGCACAAGCAACGCCUCAGUAAUGAUGAUAUUACGGAGUUAGAUGUUGACAUCAUAAUUGAUUAAACUCCACAGGCAUUUAUUAAAGGUAAUUUACGUUCAGCUACACACUCCCGCUUCUCACUCCCAUAACAGUAUGACUUGCUGAUGAGAACUG